AUGCACAACCUAGGAGCACCGCUUUAUCUCUAAUCUGGGAGAGCGUAGUGUACCGAGUGCGCUCGCUUUCCUGCCUUCCCCUUCACAGGCGGCGACACAAUGAAGCGUGUUUGUGUCUCUUGGUUUAGCACUCUAUGUGAGUCCAGGGCGUGUGUGUGUGUGUAGCGGGCAGCCGAGCGAUCCUCGUGCUGGUUACAGUGUAAAUGAAUGGGCACUGCACCCUGUGCUGAGCGUGGAGCAGCAUGCAGAGGGAUGUGGGCAGCUUCCCACUGGCCCCGGCCCUGAGAAGCAAACUGAUCGCCGCCGGCUUCCGUACUGUAGAGGACCUAGAUAUUAAAGCGAGCGAGCUGAGCAGAGAAGCUGGAAUCUCAGAGGAAGAGGCUUUGGAAUGUCUUCACAUUAUAUUAGCAGGAUCCAAUCAUGACACAUCACUGUUAAGACAGAAGCAUACUGGCUUAACCUUGCUUGAACAGGAACAAGCUCAAGGAUUUAUCAUUACAUUCUGUUCUGCCCUUGAUGAUCUUUUAGGUGGAGGUGUUCAUCUAAGCAAGGUCACAGAGAUAUGUGGACCACCUGGAGUGGGGAAGACACAACUAUGCAUGCAGCUUGCAGUUGAUGUGCAGAUCCCUGAAUGUUUUGGAGGUGUUGAUGGUGAAGUCAUUUAUAUUGACACAGAGAACAGUUUCUUGGUGGAACGGCUAGUUGAUAUUGCCAAUGCAUGCAUUCAACAUUGUUACCUCAUUACACAGGCUCAUCAUGAAGAUGAUCACAUAAAAGCUAUGCAGACCUUCACGCUUCAAAUUAUACUGUCACACAUUUAUUUCUUCCGUUGUCAUGACUACGUAGAGCUACUUGCACAAAUGCACUUUCUCCAUGACUUCCUAGCACAGCAUUCAAGGGUUAAGCUGAUCGUUGUGGACAGCAUUGCAUUUCCUUUCCGUCAUGAUUUUGAAGAUCUUUCCUUAAGGACACGCCUACUGAAUACGCUGGCUCAACAGAUGAUCAGCAUAGCUAAACAACACAAUGUAGCUGUGGUCCUGACCAACCAGAUGACUACCAGGAUUGGACCCACUGAAUCCAUGUUGGUACCUGCUUUAGGAGAGAGCUGGGGACAUGCUACUGGUACCCGUUUAACACUUAAUUGGGAAAAUAAGCAAAGGUUUGCAACAUUGAAUAAAUCACCAAGUCAGAAAAUUGCUACAGUCCCUUACGUGAUCAUGCAUCAAGGUUUUCGUGAUAUUGCUGUUCCAGAACCUGAAGUAAACUCAUCACACAUUGAAAAAAACCCAAGGAAACGUCCACGUGUUGAGGAAGACGAUGAAGCUUAACAAGGGAUAAUUUUUCAAGCUAUACAGGGGUUAUCUGGGGUACAGUGCAAACUUUUAGAAAACCUUGUUUUGAUUUCUAUAAUGAUUUCUAUUUAUUUAGCACUUUGCCCCACAAGAACACCUGCUUCUGUCUUGAAAAAUCUCCUCCAAAAUGCUUGUUUCAUUGCUUUUUUAGAACACAAAAUUGUCUACUUGUAAAUAUAUACUACAAAUAAAUUUUGAUUAAGUAUUUAA